AAACACAUCAAAGAAAACACACACCUUUAAUUCUAUUGAAGCUAAGCUCAUCGAUCAUGUCUACCAAUGUUGCUGAUUCUUCCCUCCCUGCUCAAAGAUUAUUAGGAAAAGUGGCAAUCGUCACCGGAGGAGCAUCUGGAAUUGGAGAGGGAAUUGUGCGUUUGUUUCACAAACAUGGUGCAAAAAUAUGCAUCCUUGACGUACAAGACGAGUUAGGGCAACAAAUCUGUGAGUCGCUCUCCAACGACGACUCAAACAUUUGUUAUUUACACUGUGAUGUCUCAAACGAGGACGAUGUUCGUCAAGCUAUCGACUUCACCGUGGAUAAGUUCAGUACUCUUGACAUUAUGGUCAACAAUGCCGGCGUUAUGGAACCGCAUAACCCAGACAUCCGAACCUUCGACCUGAAUAGGUUCGAAAAGACGAUGAACAUAAACGCCAAAGGAACGUUCAUCGGAAUGAAACAUGCAGCGCGUAUUAUGAUGCCCAACAAAAAGGGUACAAUAGUUUCUACUUCUAGUAUGGCCAGCGUAAUUGCCGGCGUAUCGCCGCACGCGUACACCGCAUCCAAGCAUGCCAUUGUAGGGCUUACACAAAACGUUGCAGCUGAACUGGGAAAACAUGGAAUCCGAGUGAAUUGUGUAUCUCCAUAUGGAGUUCCAACUCCAUUGACCUUUAAUCAGUUGCCUAAAGAGUAUGUAACAGAUGAGGUCAUAGCAGGAGCACGAAAACAGAUUACAAUGAAGGCUAAUUUGCAAGGUGUGGAUCUAACUGUGGAUGAUGUUGCCAAUGCUGUGCUCUUCUUUGCAAGUGAUGAUGCUAAGUAUGUGAGUGGAACCAAUUUGUUGGUUGAUGGUGGAUUUUCAAGUGUGAAUCACUCAUUUGGAUUCUUCAGAUGAUUAAGUUGUGGGCAGUUUUUGUUUAUAGGUUCCAAGUUUUUAAUUUCCUCUGUGUGUUAUAUGUUAAAAUAAAAGUCAUAUUUGUAUCUUGUUAUUUGUUGUCAUGGAACCUUAUAUUACUUUUGUGUGAUUGUGUCGUUGGAUUUGUAAUAAUUUAUCAUUUGAAGUUUGAUUUCCCUUGUAUUCCCAUGUUCUUAUGACUGAAAUAAAACUUGUUUUUUCUUUUGCG